AAGCCGCCAAAGCUGUCACGCAAAAACAAACACAAAACACACAAAAAUGGUUAUCCAAGUAACGUUCGGAGAAAACGGACAAUGUUCGAUCUGCAAAUUAUCGGACGUUGAUAGUUUGAAUUUUGGUGAAAUCCAUUCGAAUAAAGAAUUGGCUGUGCAUUUGUUUUGUCUGUAUUUCUCAGCGAAUCUACCUCAAAACGGAAAGGAUAAUGCCGGUAUCGUCGGAUUCGAGUUGAAUGAUAUUCGGAAAUUGAUUUCAAAGUGCCACAAAAAGAUAUGUUGCUAUUGUCAGAAAGGUUCGGCAACAGUCAGUUGUCAUUUUCCCAAUUGUCGUCGUAUGUUCCAUCAAGUGUGUGGCUUCAAGGCGAACGCAAGGUUCGAAUAUGUGGGGCAAUUCAGGUCAUUUUGUGAUAGGCACAACCAAAUCGAAGACGAGAGCUUUGAGUUCCCUGAGAUAAGCGGGUGUUUCAUUUGUCGUGAAGGCAUCGACAGCUAUCAUCCGGUGACAACAGUACCAUCGUGUUGCGGACCUUGGUUUCAUCAACAAUGUCUAAGGUCAUACGCUGUGAAUGCCGGAUACUCGUUCAUGUGUCCGAUGUGCCGAAACAAAAACUACGCCGCAAUUGUACGCCCCCGGGGCAUCUACGUACCCGAAUAUGAAGCAACGUGGGAAAAGACACACGACUUCGCGGACAUUGAACGUUUCUACAGCAAUUGUGAUGCCACCGAGUGCGUGUGUCCGGGUGGUCGAAAGUUUACAAAUCACAAGUGGAUAUUUCAACUUUGUUCUUGCUGUGGCUCAUAUGGCUAUCACAAGCUGUGUCGACCCCUACAUGAGCGCAACGAGAUCAUCGUUUGUGACAGUUGCAAGACUAUGGUCAGCCAAUGGGAAAAGGAGAGUCCACAGAAUACACAAACAUUGUUAGCCGGACUGUAUUCACAACAAGAAGAGGAUGCCAAGAAUGAGUUAAUUGAUCUGACAAUGGACGACAUUUCGGACGACAAUGUUAUGGACCAGUGUAUUGUGUUGGAUGAUCGAAUGGACGUUGUGGAAAUUACCGAACAAAAUGGUACUAAUAAUUCGUUCGAGAACGUUAGUCUGGUCAGUAACAGUGUGAAGAGCUAUCGCAAAAAGCGAGGAGUUAAUGAAAAUUUGGACGAAAAACGUGCGCGAGAGAAAGCCUAUCGACCGACUCGAGACAAAAUGAGAAAUUACCUAAUCGGCUUAUGGUUCAGGGAUUACGAGCGAUUCCCACAAGAACCUGUUGAAUAAAUACUGUUAAAGCGCUUGCAUCAAGCGAAUGUUGAAUAAAUUUUAUUGAAGUGCCUGAAGCACCCGUCGGACGCGGAAUAAACGCUUUUGAAUUGCCAAA